AUGAUAGAAGCGUAUGGUCCCCCCAGAGCGUAUAGUGCACGAUCUGUCGAGAGGGCGAUUGGGGAAUACUCGCGAGCAAUAAAGAGUAAUUCGGCAAUUGGAAUCAACGCUGGCAACAUCAUGCUUGGCUUGACACAGAUUCGACAGAUGAGAGUUGAAAAUUCAAUAACGACAACAGCAACAGUAACAGCAACAACUCUCCUUCAGUAUGACGAUCCCUCUGCUGGUUGGCCAAUUGACCGAGAAGGUAGUAAUGUUGGUACUGAUUCUGACAUUGAGUUCUGGGGGCCUUUGAGGAACAGAACGAUUGUUGAUAGUUUGGGAGGCAUUUCUUGUCUUCCAGAGCUUCUUCAAAAGUUCUACGAAUCAAAGGGGGAAGAGUGUAGUAUGAUUGAAGCAGCCAUUAAAACAAGCCGUAAGGCAUUUGUAAAUGGUUGUGUUAUUGACUCUGCACUCGACCAUAAUUGUGUAAGAGAGGCACAUAACGUCAGACUUCAGGUUCAGGUUGAUGAGAACCGCAACAUUGGGCAAAGCUACUCUCCAGUCUACAAGGAUUUCUUUGGGAAGGUCGUCGUUUUCUUUGAGCACAAGCUCAACAACAAGAGGUGGCCGCUUGUCCUUGUCAAUGUUUAUGCAGUUCGUUUGGUAAAUAGUAUACCAGCAAUCAACAAUGGGCAAAUGAAGCCAAUGGUAGUUCACCUGGCAGAUGUCAAAGAAUUAGUUGGUUUGGUGAAGUCGGACGCGACUAUAAACACAAUAACAACAACAGCAACAACAUAUGUAGUGUGGCCAGAGCUUAACCGCGGCCCAAAACUGUCACUUGGUUCUCUUGCAGACUUAUAA